AUGCAAAACAAAUCUGGGCCUCAGAAUUGGGGACUUUUGUUCAAACCAUGGACAAUGUGCCACAACGGAAAAAUGCAGUCACCAAUUGAUAUACCUCCGGAUCGACUCCUAUUCGAUCCAAAUAUGAAGCCAAUUCACAUUGAUCGGAUAAUAUAUCUGACAAUAGGCCAUUUAGGUAAUGUCUGA